CAACUCUCAUAUAUCUCGUGAUUAUAUUGGCCUGUGCGCACCUUGUGAAGGUAAAUUGGAAAGCAAUGGACCGUUCUUUUUCUUAACAAGAGGGAUCUUCUACUCGUAACUGAUAUAAGCUUUUGAAAACAGCACUGUCAUGUCAGCUUCUGUUGUCAUAACGUUGGUUCUCUUCACACUUGUCGUUGUAAAUAUCACCGGAAAUUCACUGGUUUGUGCGAUAAUUCGAAAACAUCGAGACAUGAGGACUCCGAUCAACUAUCUGAUUCUCAACCUCGCAAUGGCGGACGCUUUGUACGCGACCCUCAUCAUACCCAUGUACAUUUUCAGAUUCAAUUUAAGUCACCCAACAGGCUUAGCGGGUGAUGUUCUAUGCGUGAUGUUAACCAAUGGGUCUUUCGCUUGGGUAGCAGCAAUAGCUGCCAUUUGUACUCUGUUGGCAAUCGCCAUCGAAAGGUAUUACGCAGUUGUCUACCCACUUGGAAAUAAAUGGAAAUGUUCAAUCAGUGCCGUAAAGAAAAUAAUAGCUGGCUCUUGGGUCUUCGGGCUUGUUUUUAAUAUCCCGUUAAUCAUGAUCAACAAACUCAGAAACAACUUUUGCGCGGGUAUAUGGCCCGAGGAGUGGAUGGGUAAAGCGUUUGGGGUUUACUCCAAUCUCGUCGUCUUUGGCUCCUUGUUUGGGAUGUUUGUGUUGUACUUUAGAGUCGUGCACACCUUAUGGUUCAAAUCUGCUGGUGUCCGACAAGUGAAUCAGGAGCAGAGUCUCGCGGUGAAGGCCAGGAAGCGGUUCACUUUGAUGGUCGUUAUCAUCAGUGUCAUCUUCGCAAUCUGUUGGAGUGCAAACCAGGUGCCUUACACCAUGUUCCUCUAUGCAAACUACAAGCCCAGUGUCGUCGAAAUCGGCAUUUCUAACGUCAUGGUUUUGUUCAAUACUGCUGUCAACCCCUUCGUAUAUGCUCUAUUUAGCCAAAACUUCAGAAGGAAAAUGAAAGCAAUGGUGGCGUGCGGCAAAAACAAUAGAGUUGGCCAGGAACAGCACCUGAAAACGCUCAACCGUCAAUCUUUCCAACCAGUCAGGCAUCCUUGUCAGUCGUCCAACUGA